CGUCAUUGGCGUGCGACGGCGCUACGGCAGGGAUGGAACAGAAAGAUGCAGGAGGGAAAGAGAAGAGAAAAAGAAAAGAAACGAGUACAUUCUGAUCGAGAGCACAAUGACGGAGAGAUGAAGAGGAGGAAUACUGAGUCCAGCACGGAGGAGCCGGAGGUUCCUCAGGAGCCCAGUGAUCUGGAGGAGGGCGGACUGGACCUGAAUAAGACCUUCAAACCCAUCAGCGCCUACAUGCAGGACCGCAAGGAGAUGCUGGAACAGUGUUUUCAUGUGCUGGGAGAGAAUAAGCUCAAAAAGAUGCUUCCGGAUGAACUGAAGGACUGUUCGUUUGGUGAGAUUAAGAAACUGUGCUGGGAUCAGCUGCAGCAGCUCUCUGAGAUUCAUCUGCUGGAGAUUCUAGAGGGUAAAGAGUUAUCAGCCACAUCUGAAGAGAAGCACUUUCCAGACAGCCAACAGGACAGUAAUGUGGACUCCACUUCAUCACUUAGAGAAAAUCCUGAAACAGAAGAAAAGCAAGGCGCAGGUUCUGGAGAAGACAGUGACGUUCUCAGCAUCAACGCGGAAAUUGACGACAGUGACAUCGAGGGUCAUAAAGUGGUCAAAGCUGAAGAAUCAGCGCUUGGAGACGAAGCUCUGCCUCCCACCGCCACCGUUCAGCCGGACGAGCCCAAAGUGGAGCUUCAGCAGGACAUUGACAGAAGCGUGAGUGAAAUUCUGGCCUUGACGUCUGGCUCUGAACACAAAGAUCUGGGGGAAGCGUUGCUGGAAAAAUCAGACGUCCAAGAAAAAGCUCCUGCGGCUCCAGCGAAGCAGCCUUCGGCUCAGCAGCUGGAGUUACUGGAGCUGGAGAUGAGAGCUAGAGCCAUCAAAGCGCUCAUGAAAGCCAGUGAGAUCAAGAAAACCACAAACUGCUGACUACUGAACACGGACAUUUGGGCUCAAAGUGUGAUAAUGAGUGUCUGUGGUCAUUUUGGCUCAAAACUCCAGAGUCACUUGGAAAAAAAAGUUCCUCUGUUUGUUCCCAACCACAUGUUCAGCUCCUAAUAUUUCAGCAAAUGGUCACUAGAUUCAGAAAAUUAGGUUAGGUUAUUUAAUGUUUUUACAGUACAGUUACUUUGCCUACCUACCAUCCUUUUUCCUAAAUGUUUAUCAUAAUUUGUAUAAUGACUUGCAAAUGAGCAAUGCCAUAAACAGUUCAACAUAAAUAAAUAUUAUUAGAAAUUCCAAAAAAUAGUUCAAGAUCCACCCCCUUUCCAGAAAACUGUAAAAAAAAAAAAAAAGUAAA